AUGAAACGAAUUAGCUUGAGGGCCCAAGUGCCAAAGCCGCAAGCUUCUAUCUGUCAAUUAUGUCAGUUUUCUACAGGUUCGCGCAUCCCUGCCAUUGCCCGAUCCACCCCGACAAGCCGACUACCGAACAGCCAUUCGCCGCUGCAGUCAAGACACAGCGUGCAAUCAUCGGCGUCCUCGCCGAUUAUUCUUGCGCGCCGCUAUGUCUCUAACUCCUCCACACAUGACUCUGCCAUUCAGCAGGUAGCAGACGAGGCAUCUGCGUUGCAGAAGUCGGAUCAAGUGCCCUCAAACGAAGCGAUUGUGGAGGUGCUCGCAAAAUGCCAGAAGAUCGCCGAGGCUUUGGUUUCGCGAGAAAAUGGAAGCACUACAUCGAACGACGAAGGCAAUGCGAUCUCAUCGCUCUUGGACAUGGAGGAGAAGAAGAGCGCGUCGACCUCGGCAGAGAGACGAGCCCACCAAGCAACCAGGACCGCAAAGCUGGACUCACGUCUCGCAGAUUCGCUAUCGCGCAUUGCCACUGACCUCCUGUUGGACCAAAAGAUCUUCAUAUCCCCCGAAGCACUGGAGCACUACACCAAGACCCAGACCCUCUUGCGACGAGCUGAGCACUUCCCCGAGAUCUUCAGCCUGUAUGCCAACAAGCCUGUCCCCGAGGCCAACAGCUCGCCGAUCAAAUAUCUCAAGCCCAACCCCAAGAGCAUUAACAGUGCCGUUCCCUCUGAACUAGCCAACAUGGCUCUCGAUGUCGCUAUCGCGCAGAAGAACCUCUCUCUCGUGCUGGCGAUCAUCGACACCACCUUCUGCGCCCCCGCUUUCCACCGCGCAAAGGUCUUCCGCAAGGCCGGUAUUCCCUUAGCUGGUCUUGCGAGUGCUCCAAUUGCCUGCUAUGCAGCUGCCACUUGGGCGGGCGCACUCCAGAAUACUAUGGAUCCCAGCACGGCGACCGGAAUUGCCUUUGCGGCGUCCUUGGCUUAUGUCGGUGGUACUGCAUCCAUUGGUAUCUUGGCUAUUACUACCGCCAACGACCAGAUGGAACGUGUCACUUGGAUCCCUGGCAUUCCCCUGCGGCAACGGUGGUUGCGGGAAGAGGAGCGUGCUGCUAUGGACAGAGUUGCUGUCGCUUGGGGUUUCAAGGAUCCAUACAUGCGGGGAGAGGAGGUCGGUGAGGAUGGGAGAGUCUGCGGGAAUUUAUUGGCAUGCGCGGCAUGA